UGUGUGUGUGCGUGUAGGUGUUUGUUUGCCAAACUAUCAAGAGCAACGUUUUUGUGUUAUAUUUUUAGCUGAAUCUAAAAGAAAAUAUAUAUAUGUAUAUGUAUGUGUAUAUAUAAGAGAAAAAUAUUAUGAAAACUAUAUGCCGCGUAUCUGUGCAGAUCGUGUGUUGUAUAUAGAAAUUGUGAAGAAGCUGAAAGUGAAACAUGUGUGCCUAAAAGCUGGCGCAGCAUCAUGAGCACCAGCAGCCACAUUCGUGGGGCAGAUGGCGGGGAACAGGCUAACCCGAAGCCGCCGCUGCCGCCGCUGCCUCCGUUGCCUCAUGAGCUGACCGCCGAGUGGACGGUGCGUGCCCAAUUGACAUUCGCGCGUGCAGGCGAGCCAGUGCAGCGGGAGUUCAAUGCACAGGAGCCACUGCAGCCGAUGCGCGUGGUGUACAAGUGGAGCACGCCGCACACCGAGGCCGAGCACGAAGCGGAGCCCGAGCCGGAGAAGGCAACGACUGCCACCAGCUUUCGCAGUACCAACUCCUCGGCCACCACAUAUGCUGACUCAGCCUUUGGCAGUCCGCAGGCCUCGCGACACCUGCAGUCGGAGGCGACGCCGGGCGGCGUUACGGCUCAGCUGUGCGGCACACGUUGCCGCAGCACCUGCAACAUUGUUGUCUCUGCCGUGGCCGAUUUUCUGCCACAGAACGAGCAGCAGCAGCAGCAGCUGGACUCGGCUGUGAAUGAGCCCUUUGUCUAUCACAGCAAGGUGCGUGCACAGCAGCUGCGCGAUGCCUACUCACAGACCAGCGACACGGAGGAGCGUCCGAGGCGACGGCCUGCCUACGAGCAGCGACGUGCGACAGCCGAGGGGCUGCUCGAUUUUGCCAGCAGGCGGCAGGCGGAGGAGGCGAACACAUAUGUGCCAACCUACUCACCCACGCUGACGCCCACGGCCAUCACGCCUUCGUCUACGUUCAAGUCGACAUCGAUGCCGCGCAUACCGCCGCCAGUGGCCAGCGGUGCUGCGACACAGACAUCGCCACGUCUGCCCAAUCUGGGCGAGAAGAAGCCGCGCACUGUGCACAUUGAUGUCUAUUGCACCGGCUCCGAGGAGGAUGAGGAGCAUGCGGAUGCCGAAGCCUCCAGCUCCGAUACGGAUGACAGCAAUGACCCGAAGCUCUACGAGCUGGACUCGAAUUCCACGCCCCAGACUGUGCUGGACAAUGAGCAGAUGCUGCUGCGACAUCAGCGCAUCUCUGGCGCUGCACUGCCGCGUCGUCUGGCCCAGAGAUCGCCGCAGCCCUCGGCCAAGCAGCAAAAGCAACAGAGACAACAACAACAGCAGCAACAGCAGCAGCAGCAGCAGCAGCAGCAGAAACUGAACUUGGGUCAUGCCAUUACCAAGUGCAGCACCGUUGAGGAGGUGAGCGAGUCGAAGCAGCUGCUCUUCCGCAAGCACAUUGGGGAUCAGCGCGCCGCCAAGUUGGCCACACUGCGUCAGAAAUAUAUGCGCCAGCCGAGCGACGAGACGCAAAGCAGCGGCGCCUAUCCGAACUCCUCGCGCUCGACAAUGCCACGCGAUGCCACCUGCAGCAGUGUGUCCAGCGCCCUGGCUGGCGACUAUGUGGACACCUCGUGGAAGGAUACCGACGAGGUGGAUACGCCAGCAUUUGCAGCUCUCUCCAAAUCGGAUAGCUUUGACUAUGAGAACUCGCUGGAUCGUGUGCGCAUUCGCCAAAUGGAGCGUCUGUGGGCGAGGCAGCACUCCACGCCGGAGCAGCACUCCAUGCAACAGCAACAGCAGCAGCAGCAGCAUCAACAGCCGCCUCUUGUGUCCACUUCACCCCAUCCGCCGCUGACGACCAUCAGGGAGGUGCACUCACAGCGUGGCUCAUUGCAGCGCAACGAUACGCUGCCCUCCGAGUCGGAUGCGUUCUCGGAGCACAACGUGGGCUACAACACCUAUCCAGGCAGGCAGCUGCAGCAGCAGCAAUUGUCUAGUGUGCCACGGAAUCGUCCUGGGUUUCUGCAGUUCUUUGGUCCGCCCGCCAGUCCAGAGCCGGCAGCACAGCCGGCGCCGGCUACAGCGCCCGUUGCUGCAACUGGCGCUGCGCCUGGCAUUGAUCCCUUCAAGCGGCUGCAUCCCGGCUAUCGCUGGAAGAGCGAAGCGCGCGACAAUCUCAGCGUGCAGGCAGCGGCCGGCUCACCGUCGUCCGAGCGUAGCUCGCCCCAGCUCUUGUCCACGGCCAGCACUGUGCUGCGCUGCGGCAGCGAGGCACCGCCCAGCACCACCUCGGCCACGACCUUUGGCACGGUGGCCCCAUCGCCGCUGCCCGCACGUCGUUUCGAGAUCUCACGCGAUAGCCCCAGCCUGGCCAGCGAUGUGUCCACCAGUGUCUCCGGCUACACACACGAGCAUUUGGAGAAGGCGCUGCGCUUUGGCAAUGUGGUUGUGAUGCGCAAGCCGGGCCACCACAUCGGACCCACCAAGAAUCCCAAUUGCCACUGCGAGAGCUGUCAGCGCUGGAUGGCCGAGCGUUUCCAGAUGCGCGGACGCGCCUUCUCCUUGGGCGAGCGACCCAUACUGAGACGACCGCAGCCCUAGAAUAGCAUUUAAGGGAAUGUUGAAUAUGAAUAUGGAAAGGCCAAGGCAGAGAGUGGAAGGUGGUGUGAGAGAGAGAAAGAGAUUGGAUAUAGAUUAUGAGAGAGAGAGAGAGAAUUGUGAAUGUCCGUCUGUAAGAGCUGAUAUGAUGUAUAUGGAUUUGUUUAUACAAAUAGUAAUAGAAUUUUGUGAGAAACAAUUUAAGGCAAAUAAUGUUAUUAUAUUUUCUAUAAAUUUAUAGACAUGAAGAGAAUUUAUGGUUAAGAAUUGAUAUAGUAGAGGAUCAUAAAGAGAGACAUUGCAAAAAUAUAUAGAAGUAAAGUUUUAUAUAGAGACCUAUGAACAAAUUGAAUGCA